CCCACAGUCUGGGCCAGAGUUGGGAAAUGUUUGUGUGGGAUUGAGGAAGAGGAAAACUGAGGUGCUAAAGCUCUUGGGGGAGGACAGAGACCCUCGUGGGUGGAGAAGCAGUGUGGUACCUGCCAUAUGGGCUCAGGUCUCUCUGAUGGGAAAUGCCCCAGUGGGGCUGGCAACCUGGUGCUUUGUCCUCAAGAAGCAUCCUGUUCACUGGCAGCAGCAGCUUUGGGGCUCAUGAGGAUAGAAGGGCUCUUCCUCAGCUGGGGAGCCCACUGACUGCUGGAGAUGUGGGGGAGGGAGAAACAAACCCCUUCAACUAGCUUCUUGCUGGAUACCACACCUCUGGGGGCAGGAUGUUGAUUUCUGCUCUUGUUCCUUCUUGUUCUGCUCUGCAACGUCUUCACCCAGGAUCGCCCAAUAAUCAGAUCUGUUCUCCAGUAUCUUCUGGUUCCUGGCAAGUGUUUUUUUGGUACUUGGAUCAGCCAUGGCGGGGUGGAGCUGCCUUGUGACAGGAGCAGGAGGGUUUCUGGGUCAAAGGAUCAUCCGCUUGUUGAUGGAAGAGAAGGAUCUGCAGGAAGUCAGGGCCCUGGACAAGUUCUUCAGACCGGAAUUGAAGGAGGAAUUUUCUAAGCUCCAGGGCAAACCCAAACUGACUGUGCUGGAAGGUGACAUCAUGGAUGUGCAGUUCCUGCGGAAAGCCUGCCAGGACAUGUCAGCCGUCAUCCACUCUGCCUCUGUCAUUGACUUCCAGGGUAUCAUUCAGAGAGAGGUCAUCAUGAACAUCAAUCUGAAAGGUACCCAGUUCCUUUUGGAGGCCUGUGUCCAAUCCAGUGUGCCAAUCUUCAUUUACACCAGCUCUGUAGAAGUAGCCGGGCCCAACUCCUACAAGGAGAUCAUCGAGAAUGGCUGUGAAGAAGAGAACCUCGAAAAUACAUGGUCUGCUUCAUACCCGUACAGCAAAAAGCUUGCAGAGAAGGCUGUGCUGGCAGCUAAUGGGUGGGCUCUGAAAAAUGGUGGCACUUUGUGCACUUGUGCCUUAAGGCCCAUGUAUAUCUACGGGGAUGGAAGCCCAAUCCUUUUUGGCAUCAUGAACCAGGCUCUAAAGAACAAUAGGGUCCUGACUCAUGAUGGUAAAUUCUCCGUAGCCAACCCAGUCUAUGUUGGCAACGUGGCCUGGGCCCAUAUUCUGGCCUUGAGGACCCUGCGAGACCCCAAGAAGGCGACAAGCAUCCAAGGACAGUUCUACUACAUCUCAGAUGACACGCCUCACCAGAGCUAUGACAACUUAAACUACACCCUGUCCAAAGAGUGGGGCUUCCGCCUGGAUUCCAGAUUAAAACUUCCUCUGUCUCUGCAGUACUGGGUUGCCUUCCUGCUGGAAAUUGUGAGCUUCCUGCUGAGUCCAAUUUACAAAUACCACCCCCCCACCAGCUGCCACUUACUGACAUUGUCAAACAGUGUGUUCACCUUCUCGUACAAGAAAGCCCAGCGAGACCUGGGGUAUGAGCCACUGUUCAGCUGGGAGGAAGCCAAGCAGAAAACCAUGGCAUGGAUUGGUUCUCUGGUGGACCAGCACAAGGAGACCGUGAAGACAAAGACUCAGUGAUCUGGGAUGCCGGGAAGGGGAUGGGGAGCUCUUAGGAGUGUCAGCCAAGCUCUCCCCUCCUGGUUUCAUACAUAAGGUGACAAGGUCCUGCUGCUUUCCUUGUACACAAUGGCUUUUUGUCUUUCUAGUGCUAUCAGAAGCCUUCCCAGACACUGACCUAAUCAGAAGCUUUCUGUCCUAAUCACCCGCUAGAGAACAGACUGUUAAAUAAUCUUAGCUGCUGGUUCUGAAAGAUUCAGGGCCUCUUUGAACUUAGCAUUUUGCCUGUUAAUUCUAUCUCUCAUCUUAAAAGCUAAAGCCUUUUUGUGCUUUAAAAACCUCCCAUUCCUUCACACAGGUCAAUGACACAAAUAAUAAAUGCUUGAAUGUUUAACCUG